AGACAUGUUCUCUUUGUUCAGACUACCAAGUUCAUCUGUUUCCUCCCCGUCCUCCGUCUCGUCUACAUCGAAGUGCCCGUACUGACGAUAUUUCGUUUCUCUUUUUAAGAAAUAUCUUUCUCUCGAGGCGUUGCUCCUCGAACCCGUAUUUGAGUCAAGGACGAAUUAUCAAAACUGUCCAGCUUUCAAGUGUGGUUUUUGACCACACUCAAUUUCCCUUUGUCCAGCAAUUUUCUGUUGCUAAGGGUCAUUACACCGAGUGCGAUAUAAGUCUGCUGCCACAGACACCAUUGUAACUCGUCCCUUUGCCCUCAACCUUUCCUCACCGAACCGGCACCGCGCGUAAGAACCCUUGCUGCCAACUCUCUGCCCUUGUCGCUGGAGAAACCGGACCACAAAGGAUAUCGUCAAAAAUUGGUGUGGGAGGCAAAGGGUAUUUUUGUCGGUAGCAUGCCUAUCACUGAGGCUGGCGGCUUCUUCGACGCCUUCAUGACGCCUCAAGCUGACAAGUGGCUGCAGAAAAAGAUACCGACUCUCAAUGUUGACAAGGUUCCCUGUGAGCCUAAACAUGAAAGUACCAUGUAUGGUCCACUUUGUGCCGCCGUGAAUGACUCCGAAGUCUGUCCGGGCUUCAAAUUGGUCAACGUCGCGUCUAUGGUUGAUGGGAACGGCCGCAAGCUGCGUCCCGACAUAGCACUAGUGGAGAAAGGCAAAUUGGCCUAUAACUUUGGCAACAUAGAUACGUUUUCUGAGAUCAAGAACUUGGUCACCAAGGAUCCAUUCUACAGGAAAGCUGACCUCAACACCUUGGAGAAGGAUGAGGGCGACAGCGCUGAUACCCGUGGCCAAUUGCUGUCGUAUGUGACGACCAUGUUGUCUCGCCAGCAGCGCACUUUCAUACUGUCAUUCUCCAUUUGUGGUUCAUACGUUCGCUUCUUUAGGUGGGACCGUGCGGGAUGCGUGGUGACGGAACUCAUCAACUUCCACAAGAACCCAGAGAUCCUGGCCGAGUUCUUCUGGCGAUACAGUCAUCUCACUCCAGCGCAGCGCGGGUUCGAUACCACAGCCGUUCUUGCCACCGCUCGGGAGUCCACCAUGUUAUCUAAGGCCUUGAACGCAUACAUCCGGGAUUCUAAACCUCGCGACGUCAGCUACCUUCGUCCUGAACGCGAUCCCACUUACCCUACGUACAAAAUCGCCGUAGAUUUUGGAGAGAAGACUCCUCGAAAAUUCAUCAUUCGCCAGCCAUUUUGGGAUGCCCAAUCACCUUGUGGUCGUGCUACUCGAGCCUAUGCAGCAUAUGAUAUAUCCGAGGGCAAGCUUGUUUUUCUAAAGGACUCAUGGCGUGUGGAAGACGAGGAAGAACCCGGAAUCCGCUGUGAAGCUGAGAUAUACGAAGAUCUCAAGGAAUGCGGGGUUCCUUUCCUCCCCAACGUUAUUCAUGCAGGCGACGUGAAGGUUGGAGGUGAAAUUCAGAAGACGAGAUGCCAAGAAGAUUCCGGUAACGAUCAUCCUGAAUGGCGCAAGCCCUGCGAUCGUCUGCAUGCCCUUGUUCAUUAUCGAGUCAUUCAAGAACUCGUGUAUCCAUUAUCAUCAGCUGUAUCCUCGAACGAAGCAGUUCAGGGUGUCCGCGAUGCAGCAGAAGCUAUCAAAGUUUCAUACAAGAAAGGGAAGAUAUUUCAUCGUGAUAUAAGUACAGGUAACAUUAUGAUCGAUAAGGAUGGUCGAGGUGUUCUCAACGACUGGGACCACGCCAUGAAGCUGCUUAUUGGAGGUUCACAUUCGUAUCGCACUGGGACGUGGCAGUUCAUCUCCAUCCGCUUACUUAGUGACCCUUACAAACGGCACGAGGUACAUGAUGACCUUGAAUCGUGCUUUUGGGUUCUCCUGUACCAUGCAUUGCAUUACUUUGAGCACAACCAGCCAAAAGUCCGGCCCAUCUUCUUUGAUGAAAUGAACCCGGUGGAGCAAGACGACGGUGAUCUUCAAGCGAUUGGUGGAGGAGGAAAAAUCGCAAUGCUUACGGUACAGCUUCACACCUACAAGUGGACGUGCCAGCCCCUGGACACUCUCAUCCACAAACUUGGCUCUAUCUUCGACGAGUAUAACCGGAUGAUUAUAAACCCUCAUGCAGAUAAGGUCGCCUUCAGCUCUCUUCAAAACGCCAUCGACGAUGUUGAUAUCAUUCUCAACCUUUUCGACACUGCUCUGGCUUCUGAUGGUUGGCUUGACAAGGAUGCACGUCCAGACAUGUUCCCCCGCAGAACCAAGGCUGAACUUGACAGGGAGAAUGCCAGGAAACAGAUGGACGCCAUUGAAAAGGCUACCCAAUCAAGAGCGCCCAGAAAUCAUACAGGCGGACCAGCCAAGACUACCCCUUCCCCUCUCCGCCAAGGCCACGUUCCUGUUUCAAAGAAUGUUUAUUCGCUAAAUACAAGUGGCGAAGCUCGGUUCAAGCCAUCCCCACUAGCCAGAACUACCCCCUCUCCUCUCUCCCGAACUCAUGUUGCUAUCGAUGAAGGUGAGGUUCAAGAUCCACACGAAGUCCCUGAUCCAAGAACUGGACCGUCGCGACAUGCAAUCGGUGUUUUUCGGAGCUCGUCGAAGAGAACGAUCGAUGACGCUCGAGAAGGGGAACCAUGCUUUCCUAGUUCGAAGAAAAUUAGAACGGAGGAGCGUGACCGACCGCCACCUCGAUCUAGACCACGACCUCGUAGAGUUCCACCCCCAGCCCCACCCCCACCUGCGCCGCCGGUCCCAGCAGCUGCUGAGCCUCGAUAUCUCACGCGUUCCAAGACGAAACUCAAGAAGUCAGCACAGGAUGAUGUGGACAUGCGCGAAGUCAGUCAUCGAUACGAGACGCGUUCAAAGUCAAACGAAUCUCGUCGGCAACAAAACUCUGGUGCGCAAGCUACGAAGAAGAAAGUUGAAAGGAUGCCAUUUCGUACGAAGGGUAUCAAGUCAGCUGGUGCUGUUGGUAACCGCGUUCAACCGAAAUUGAACCCUCAUCGGCGGCGGUGAAAGUUAGGAGUCGUCGACGGUCAAUUUUAUUCUGUCCACACACCAUUCCUCAUCGCAGUCUAGAGGAUUAUUUACUGUAAGUUAUAUUUCUUGGAACUAAUUGCAAGCUACGUCCAAUGAAAAGGUUCCGUUAGAUGGGGAAAUUGAGGAUAUUCAGAAUAUACUGUACAUGUGAGUGUUGACGAGAGAUGUACAAGAAUGUCAGUCAAUGAGUU